GUGAGUUCUGAAAAGAAAAUUUUUCUUUACAUUUUAUACUUUUUGCAAUAAUUAAUAGAACAAAAAUAAAUUUUUGUAUAACAAAUAAUCAAAAAUAAAUCAUCUUAAUCUGUAAAAAUGAAUUUUAUCUAAUUUAACAAUUAAAUUCCUAAAGUAUCUGAUAAUUAUCAUUAAAAUUAUCAAAAAGAUAUCUUAACCAAUUAAUACUUGUGCUUCAAUGAGGAAUGCGAAGCUUCAGACCUAAAUUAGAGGAUGUGUUACUAACAACAUCCUGCGUAUGUACUUCCUAAAUCGCAAAUAAAAACAUAAUUAGCAAAAUUUAAUACUAACCAUAGUUAAUACGAUAGCAUGAUGGGAAUACUAUACUAAACCAUCUCUUUAAUUUAGGAGUUGUAGAAAAUUCUAGAAGUUUUUCACUAUAUUCCUAAAUUGUAAGAAGAUUCAGUAGAGUAUCAACAAAAAAUGUUUCACAAGCUAAAAAGUCAUUUUGAAUUAAUUUCUAACUUUGAAAAACUUUGGCUUGUUAUUAAAAAUUAAAACUAAUUAUUUUUUCAAACAGAAAUAUUCAUCAAUUAAAUCAAAGAACAAGUUUAUAAGUUUGAGUGCUAAUAUUUCUGUUAUAGAUAAAUGACUAUUCAGCAAGGAUAAUAAUAUCUCGAAUUAAAUAAAUAAUUUUUAAUUGAUAAUAAUAAUUCUAAAAAUAAUAAAUAAAUGCAUUAAAAAUAAAAUGACAUUUAAAAUUGCAUAUAGAUUAAUGAUGAUCAAAGUAGUGGCGACGAUAUUUAAAUUAUUGAACAAUCUAAUUUUAAAUAAUACUUGGGUGAAGAAGAAGAAGCAGAGGGUUCCAAUUAAAAUCACGUAUUAAUAGAGAUUAAUUCGCAAAAUCAGAGCAGAGAUGACUAGGUUGUUGAAUUAUCUAGUGGAGAAGAUAACAUUUAGAUGCACGUCUAAGAUUUCAGAUCAACUUACUAAUUUCAUAAUAUGAUUGAUGAGAAGCUAGACCAACAGCAGAAAUAUAAUAAAUUUUUAAAUAAUUAAUAAAAUUGUUCUUAAUAAAUAAUUAUAAGUACUAACUCAAACUUAGCUGGGUAAACUUCUAACGAAGCUUAAAAUGAUUAGGCAAUAAAAAAUUAAACUUAACAUAUUUAAAAUAAAAAAAUUAAAAAAUCUAAAAAAGAGACAAUUAAAGAAGGUGGUGCUUCAUCAUCAUAAGAUAAAAAUUAAAAAUAAAGAAAAAAAAGGAUAACGAAAGAGCAAAAAAUUUUGGAGCUACAGAAAAAGUUGUAAGGAAAUUUAUCUGAAACAAAAUAAAAUAGCUAAACCUUAAGCGAUUAAGAUCUUUAAAAAUAAAAUUAAUCUGCUUAAACAACAUUAAAUAUAAAAUCAAUUAUUAUUCCCUUAAAUUUUAAAAAGAGUGGAAAUUCAGUUAAUAAUUCUCUACUAACUACAUCUGAUGAAACUAUAAAAAAUAAUAUAUCCCAAACAAUAAAUAUAAAUUAACAGCAAAACUUUGAUUCUUCAAAAACGACUUAAUUAAUGACAACUAGCAGCGAAAGUUCAAAUCUAAAUGAAAAAGUCAUCGAAGAUGAUGAUGAGCUAGAGUAAGAGUUAUAAAUCAUAAAAAAUUAACAUGGAUCUGUUGAAAAACUUAUGGUAACGCAAUAUUCUUGGCAAAAAUAAAGUUCUGAGAAAAGGAAAUCUUUUGAUUCGAACUAAGAAGAAGAAUAUUCUAGAAUAUCCUAGAUGAAUUAAUUAAAAAUACCUAUGUAAGGUGAAAAUUCUGAAAUAGUUGUUGGAAAAAAUGAAAAUUACCUUGCGCAAUUUAAAGUUAUCUAUUUUAAGAAUAAAAAAGCUCUUUUGGCUUUAAAUCAAAAAAAUCUCGUUCUUUAUACAUUUCAAAAGCCUAAGUCUAGAAAGUAACCCCAAUAUGACUAAUAUAAUAUUGAUUCUGAAGAAGAAAUAUAAGAAUCAAAAAGUUAAUAAGAAAUAGACUAUAACUUUUUACAUAAAAAAAAAAUCUUAUAUAAUAAUAUUAAAUCUGCAGAAAUCUUUGAAAUAUAUGGAAGCUAUUUCGUAUUAGUUAUGUUUGAGACAAAUGGAUUUGUUAGUGUAGUUAAAUCUAAUAAUCUAAUAAAAUGGAAACCAUAUUAUAAAUCUGUAGAGCCUUCUAUCUCAGCAAAUUAUUAUAUUUUUAAUAAUAGCACAACUCUUUAAAUGAUCUUAUUUUAUUCGUCUUAGAUUAAGUUAGUUUAACUAGAUAUUAAUAGCUCAAAGCCUAAUGCGAAAUAAGCUAAUUCGAAAUUUUUGCAAUAAAGUCUGCUUGAAGGCAGUUUCUCUACAGCUUGCUAAGGUAUUUGGUAAGUAAAGCGAGACCAAAACCAAACUGUAGAGUGUAAAUAUAACCUUUACUUUACUAUUUUAUAAGAUAACUAUUUGUCUAUAUUCAAAUAUGAUACAUAAAAAAUAGACAUUUUGGCAAGAGAAUAUUUAUAAAAUGUUUAAUUUUGCAAACUUUUAAAAAUAAAUGAUGAAGUUAAUAUUGUGGCUAUCAUAGAAAAUGAAAUUUAAUUAUACGACUUACAAAUUAAGUUACACACUCGCAUACAAGCUAAACCUGAAUUUGGUAGUGUAAUAGAUGUUAGUCUGCCAUCAAAUUAAAUACAAAAUGAAUAAUAUAUUCUUAUCAUAUAAGAAAAGGGAUCAUUCCUAUAUAAUUUUAAAAAAAAUAAAACUAAUAUCUUAAAACUGCCUGAAAAAUACAAUUCGAUUUUCCACAGCUAAAAUUUGCAAUCUUUGGUAACUUUAAACGAGCAAGAAAAUGGAUCAUUUUAAAUAAAUUUAAAUUCUGUAAACUAAAUUCAAAUUUGA